AUGGCUGCCUUUACUUUGAUCGACGCAACGAGAGUUAAUACCGACAAUGAGGGUUUCUACGCGACCAACAAUCAGUUCCAGUUAUCGGGUCCAAAGGGUUUCAUCGAAGUGAAGGUGCUCGAGAACAACGACAUCUACGUGCGCGUGGACUUGCCCGGUGUUCCAGACGACGCCAUCCGCUACAGAGUCGACGGCGUGAGGCAAAAGGUCGUGUUUUUCUCCGGCGAGACUCCCAACGAAGGUGGAGUUCGUGAGUACUCGGGAACGACGGGUCUCGGGUGUGACUGCUGCAACAUUACCGAAGUCGAUGCUAAGAUGAAAGAUGGAGUCUUGAGGAUGAUUUUGUCAAGGGUCAAAGUGAAGGACCACGAGACCAAGUGUACUCUCACUCUGCCUCCUCCUUUCACAGGUAGAUCUGGACAAAGGGUGGAGGAUCAUCCGUUUGUGGUGAGAGGUCGUAAAGGAGCAAACUAUGCGGAAGCAAGAGCUGAUGGAAGCAUUUUCCUCGUGUUGGACAUGCCAGGUGUUGGUGAAGGUGGUGAACAAGUGAUUCACAAGGAGUUCGAAGUCAAAUUCAGAGGCCAGACGAAGAACGUGAGUGAGCACGACGAGAGCGGCCGCUUUUACAUGGGAAAAGUCGGAAACGCACCAGAGAUUGCGCCAUCCUUUCUGAGGCACACGGUCUCUAGUUCUAUCGAAGCUGGUGUCCUCAAGAUCCUCAUUGCACCUCCUCCUCGUCGCAGUCGCAGCAACACCAACGCGUAA